CGAACAUCUUAAACACGUUUCUUUACGGAGGCAAUGGAUGUUAUUGGUCGAAGAAGACAUUUAUUUUCCAAACAACCCAAGAAAUAAUCAAACUGCACAUGUACUCGCUUUGAUAUAUAAAUCCUCUUAUCCUCUCAUGGGGAGAGAAAACAAGAACACACACCAGAAUACCUAAGAAAAAAAUGACUUCCUCCUUCUCUUUGAUUCUUCCAGCCCUCUUCCUCUCCUUCCUGAUCUCGACCCAGCCCGCGAACUGCCAGAAUUUAAUCAACGAAACGUGCAAAACAUUGGCUCGUGAUGAUCCAAACAUCAACUACAACUUCUGCACAACUUCCCUACAGGCAGCACCAGCCAGCCAGUGUGCAAGUUUACGUGGGCUUGGGAAGAUCUCAAUCAGACUUGUGCGUUACAACGUUACAGAUAUGCGGUGUUAUAUCAAACGAUUGAUGAAAAACAGGAAGUGGGAUCCUUAUGCAGAACAAUGUUUGAAGGAUUGCUUUGAACUUUUCUCUGAUGCAAUCUCUUCUGUGAAGGAUGCCAUGAAAUAUUACAACUCCAAACGAUAUGAUGAUGCUAAUGUGCAAAUAAGUUCAAUAAUGGAUGCUGCUACAACUUGUGAAGAUGGAUUUAAUGAGAGAAAAGGCUUAGUUUCUCCAUUGACAAAGAGAAAUCGCAAUACUUUUCAACUCUCUGCUGUGGCACUCUCUGUUAUGGAUGUGAUUCGGAAAGGAUCAGACGUCUGAUGAUUGAUUACAUUUUGAUGAUCA